CAAACCUUAGUCACAUGAUCAAGACGUAAACAUGAGUUACCUGACGCAGGCCAAAUGCUGCUACAUGAAUUGCGGUGAAGAGAGAAGAUGUUUGUAAUAUAUUACAUGUUGUGGCCCAGGGGCUUCUAGCCCUACUAGGCAGACCAUGAACCUUGGCGAGAGGCGGCCCAACAAGUGGUGGACGGAGACGGACACGUUCGCCAUGCUGACACUGAUCGAGCAGCUGGACCUGGUGCACGAGCUGGACAAGAAGCGCCAGCGCAACGACUCGCACUUCCGCCGGCUGCGCCACAGCCUGGCCAAGCGCCACAUCCACUUCACCGUCAACCAGAUCCGCAACCGCUGGAAGAGCCUCAAGCACAAGUACCGCAAGAUCAAGACGGCCAGCUACCGCAGCCCUGCCGCACGCCUCUCCGCCAUGGAGUCCUUCCGCUACUUCCGGAUGCUGGACCGCAUGCUGGCCCACAGGCCCAAGGCUGACACCCCCGAGGAGGGCUCGACAGGAGGGCAUGACAUGGUGGUGCUCACCCCCUCCGACCUGGAGGACCACACUGACAGUACUGGUGAUGUGACUCCUGCCCCCUGGCAUGACCCCCUAAUCCCAAAACUGGAAAGUGACGAUGAGGUGAAGCCAGACCCGGACGAGACCCCGAGCCUGGACGAACCGGGCUGGGCCGUGAACGGGAUGGACGAGGUGAUGACCCUGGGGCUGUCUGGGGAGUACCUGGGCUCGGUGAAGGCCGAGCCCAUCCCCUCCUCCUCCUUGCAUAAUCUGGAGGGUGCCAGGGAACCAACUAGCUGUAGCUCAGAGGAGUUUCAAGGCACUUGCGAGGACACCAGCAGCCUCAUCCUUCAGCAGCUGACCAUCCUGAACCACCAGCUGAGCGAGCAGCUGGCCGAGCAAAGGGCCUUCCACUGCAGCAUGCUGGGAAUGAUGGACCGGCAGAUCGAGGUGCUGGAGCAGCUGUCCAGCUUCACGCGCAGCCAACAGGAGGCCAAGGCAGCCAACACCACCGUCACCGCCACCGCCACCGUCUCCAACGUGACCGACGACGACUGCCUGAGCCGAAGGGUCCACGAUGUCCUUCUGCGCAUGGAGAAGAGGAACGUGGGGCAGCCCCUGUCCUUGGAGACACCACCGACGCCAUGUUUGUCCAAGCCCUCCCCCUCAGCAGAGCACCCCGCGCCUCCCUCCUGGACCGUGUCACUCCUGGAGUCCUCGACCCGGCAGGAGUCCUCGGGCCUGGCCGACACGGACUCCGAAGCCGGCCCUAAAGAGGAGGCUCUGGUCGCCAGCGCAGAUGUGGACACACCUGGCCUCGCCAAAGACUCCCAGCCAGAGAGGCAGUCCCCCUCCCCUAAGAAAAGUGCUCUGUUUAAUGGCCUUCUGGACAGCUGCCAGGACCAGUGAGAGCUUGCUGCAUCUGUGAUCCAGCAAGUCCUCCUUGUAUGGACUUACAUUGAUUGAUAUUUUUUCCUUUUCUCCAAAGUGGUCUUGUGCUGUUAAGGUAAAUUGAUAAAGAAGUAUGUAGACAUAAAGGUGUGAGGCCUCGUAAGUCAUUCGUUUUUUAGAAAACUGUGUUUUUUUUACAUCUUCCAUUACUUUUUAAUAAGUUCUUGCCCUGAUGUUUUAGUCAGUGGUAGUUUACUGUCUUACGGCGCGUGAAGACUUUAUGGGAAGAGGUGAUA